ACAUCAAUUACCUAUCUCCAUUUGUUAUCGAGGUUGGCGCGAAAAUUUGAAGUCAUCAUGAUUCAUGAUUCAUCCGAAAUAUGUAUCAGAUACGAUCCAAUAAAUGAACGUGCCGACACAACGGCUCAUACACAAUAUGGCGUUUCGCAGCCGUUCGUUCUCAUCCGUCAUUCGCUCCAUGAAUCAGGACGAUACAGAAUUUACUGGACCUUGAUGCAUCUCGCCACAAACAGAGUAAGAUAGAGGAUUUGGGCGACACGAAACAAGGACGAACAUGGGUUAUCUCACCUUGUGGAAGCUUUUAAUUGAUAGCUACAGUGGGGCUGGUUGGUUGCAGCUACAGCAUCUCUUGCAUAGCAUGGUCACCGCCAAUUUGUAGUUUAACAUCGCGUUUUUAUAUGCACAUUUGCUUUCCACGGACUUCAGUACCAUCGCUUCCUCCUGAUGUGUUCAGUUCGCGAGCAAUGAGCUUCUCCACAAGAGCUUCAUGAUGCCUAGGCUCAACCUUUCACCCGCGGGCUUGCUGUUCAGGAUCUUUAGUGGGGCUUCAGAGGCUUGUGUUGAUCCUGCAAACAUUUCAUUUCCAUCUAUUUUGCCACACAUACUAUCUACCUAGGUACUGACUGCAUUGGUUUUCGACAAUUCACUAUCGCACUUAUGCAAGAUAGCAACUGUUACCCUUGAAAGCGCGUAUUUCUCACUAUAAAUCGCGCAGUGUUUUGUUAAUACUUGGUGGUUAUAAAAUUUCUCUUAUCAAAUAACUUUUCUCAAUCAUGUUUGCAUGAUUUUUCUCGAAUAUCAUCAAUCACAAUCCAGUGAGGAUGCAGGUUCAGAGCAUCGUUGCAGAAGUCAUUGGACUCUCUGUUAUCGGACUUUUUACGCUGCCAUCGAUUGUGACAAUCUUGAGAACUCCAUAUCGACGAAAGGGAACCGCAAGUUGGCUUGACGAUAAGGAUGGAAGCACAACUACUGCCAGUGAACAUAAUUUCAACGCAAAUGUUCCAAAGAUAUGCUUGUCUAUCUCACUUAUAUUGGGCAUUUUCACUUUUGUUCUGAAGACUCUCCAAUUGGGCAGCACCGAGCAUUCCCUUGUGGAAAUAGCGACUGAUAGCGUGGGAUGGGUUAGUUUUGGACCUUCAAUCUGCGCCACUGCGACGGAUGCUAACUAUUGCAGUUCCUGUUGACGAUACAAGUGUUUGCAGUGUGCUUUACGAAAGAUAAUAUCAUAAGCUACACGCAAGGCAAAUAUACUGCAGCUUCCUGUUUUGCUUUCCUUGGCAUGGCCGUUGUUGAGGAUGGAAAAAUUUUGAGAAGUUCAUGGUCAAUUUCCACUGGACUAUCUAUUGCUCCGAUGGUCACCAUAAUUGCUGUUGCGAUCGCGAGUACAUCGAUACCACGAAGACCUCAGGUCUUCUAUCAUGGAAGACUCGUGUUAAACGAAUUCAACGUUUCAUUCCUCAGCCGAUUCACCUUCUCAUCAAUAGAGUAUUUACUCCAAAGAGCGAAGCGACAAAAUGAUUUGGACAUGGAAGAACUUCCUACAAUGAACCACUCAAAAAGAUCAAAGACUCUCAGCCGUGCAUGGGUAGCUACGAGUAGCUCCGGGCGAUUGUGGGUGAGGUUAUUGAAAGUCUAUACAUGGCCCCUUUGUCUACAAAUCAUUCUAGGUUUGAUUCAUGCUUUUCUGGCUAUUGGGCCGCAAUUAGCGAUUUUUAAGAUACUCAGUGCAAUGGAGUCUGGGAAGACUGGAAGGCAGCUGGGCUUUUAUAUUUUGGCUUUUGGACUCGCUACUGUUAUAGCUUCAUGGGUUGAAGGUAUGUGCCAGUCACUCAAACCUAUAUCUAUUUCCAUUACCCUAACUUUACACAACAGCGAUGCAAGAUAUUACAAGCACGAGCUUGGUAUCUGUUCCGAUGCGAGCUCAACUAUCAGCAUUGAUAUUCGAAAAGACUAUGCGUCGCAAAGAUGCGAAAGGCAGUUCAGCGACAUUGGAAAAUAAGGAAGGUGUUCCCUCUGAUGACAUAGACCCAGACAAGACAUCUCAAAAAAUCCUCAAUUUAAUUGGGGUAGACACCGGACGAAUUUGUGAUUGUGCCAGACAAACAUUCGAGAUCGUUCAGGCCCCUGGUCGAAUUAUCAUAUCUGUAGGGUUUUUGAUCACAUUGUUGAGCUGGCAGGGGAUUUUGCUUGGCUUCUGGUGCGUUACCUGGAAUUAAGUUCAUCCUGUAUUGUCAAAGGUACUGAAGCUAAUUUAUCAGUUUUGUCUUUCUAACCUUCCCCAUUACCCGUCGCUACUCUAAAAGAUUUACUGCCUCGCAGGGAAUUCUGAUGCAGACUAGAGAUAAGAAAGCUGCAAUUAUUGGCGAAGCUCUCCAAGGCUUCCGUCAGAUCAAAUUCUCUGCGCUUGAGGAUCGAUGGGAAAGGUCUAUCAUGGCAAUGCGAGAUAUCGAGCUUACAGCAACGUGGGAUGUUCUGAUGUCCAGAAUUAUGUUGAUUGCAUGCUGGAUUUUGAACCCACUUAUGACAGCCGCAAUUGCAUUGGGAGUCCACUCGUAUAUCUACAGACAGCUGACGCCCGCACAAGCAUUCACUGCCAUUGGUGUAUUUCUGCAGUUGGAUCACUGUAUGCAAUGUCUUCCCAACAUAAUAACACAGAUGAUCGCCGCCAACGUGUCAUUACAACGUGUCGAGAGUUUCCUUGAUUCGCCGGAACUUGGAAACAUUCUUUCCAGCCCCGUUCAGCUACUUGAGACAGCAGAUUCCGAUUCACUCGUGAUAGUUUUUGAGGGUGCAAGAGUAAGCUGGCCUACCGACGAUGAGUAUGUUGAUACCGUAAGCGAGCGAUUUAUUCUUCGGGAUAUCAAUAUCUCGUUUCCAGUCAACCAAUUGACGAUUAUUUGCGGGAAAACCGGUUCUGGAAAAAGCUUGUUGCUAAAUUCCAUGCUUGGUGAAGCAGAACUUAUUUCUGGCAAAAUCACGAUGCCGGAAAGACCAUCUGAACAAUUUGACCAUCAUGCAAAUAAAGAUAACUGGAUCAUUCCGCACUCGAUUGCAUUUGUUGCACAGAUUCCCUGGAUUGAAAAUUGUACAAUUAAGGAAAAUGUUCUUUUUGGCCUACCACUAGACCUGGACCGUUACGAAAAGGUCAUAGAAGCUUGUGCCUUGACUAAAGAUCUUGAACUCCUGUCAGACGGACAUGAAACAGAAGUUGGAACUGGUGGAAUCAAUUUAAGUGGUGGUCAGCGAGUAAGUAAUACAGCAUUUAUUAAAGACUGCAUGCUCGUGCUCUUCCUUCGUAUCUUAAUUUGGUCACUGCAGUCAAAUUCUGCUCCAUAACACAAGUCUAACUGAUUGCUGAUUUAGUGGCGAUUAACUUUGGCACGAGCCUUGUAUUCACGUGCUGGAAUUGUCUUGUUAGAUGAUAUAUUCAGUGCUGUCGAUGUUCACGUUGGGCAGUUCAUUCUCAACAAUGCUCUUGCCGGAGAGCUGAGCGCUAAUCGCACCAUAAUAUUGGCAACGCACCAUUUAUCUUUAUGCAAAUCGCACGUCAAGUCUAUUGUAGAGCUUGAAAAUGGUAUUGCCAAACAAUUCUCUAGUGUUCAAGAAUUGGAGGAAUAUCUUGGGGCACCCGUCGAAAGCCUGGACGAUUCCAACGAGACUUUAAUCACCACCGAAGAUAUUUCGCAGGAAGGUACUAUCCUAGAUACACCAGACUUCAGUACUUCCACGAUGAAAAGGACCGAUCCUCUCAAAUUUGUGACGGAUGAGUUUCGCAAGCAAGGAAGUAUUGGAUCUUCAGUGUACUCAAAAUGGCUUAAAUCUUGCGGUGGAUGGACCAUUGGAAUGAUAUUCCUUCUGAUUUAUACUAUAUCCACCUCAUUCAAUCUUGGUAAGAAUUCAUUUCUGGUACCCAUUUAAGAAAACAGACACUAAAUUAAUGCCCCAGGCCGAACAUACUGGCUUCGAUUCUGGACAAGUACCGAUGGGGAGAACGAACGCAAUUUACAAGCAAGAUUUGAUCAUACGCAGAUGUUCCUAACCUCUUCCGGGUUAGAUGGCAAUAUUACCACGCUAUCAGUCGAAGCUACAAGUAAACAUAGCACAAACUUCUAUCUCGGAAUAUAUUUUGCACUGUGUAUCGCUGUCAGCGUUUUCCGUAUCUAUGGCUAUAUUUACGCAUACAAACAAUCUAUUCGAGGAUCAAAGAACCUCUUUAAGACAAUGCUCUUCAAAGUUUUAAGAGCUCCUUUACGUUGGAUAGAUACUGUCCCAUUCGGAAGAGUUAUGAAUAGAUUCACUACUGACUUCAACACGGUUGACUUCGAUAUUGUGGUGAGAAUAGUCAUUUCUUAGUCUUAUCCCGUCAUGACUAGUUUGCCCAUUUUAUGGAAUCCCUUCACUCCUAUAUUAACCCAUUUCUGACACUGUACUUUUAGGAUACACUCACGUGGGGCGUCGGUGAUGUCUUCAGGCUAUUCGGCAUAGCAGUUGCAGGGUAAGCAGUACUGCCUUCUCCAUAUAAACUCUGCUAAAAAGAUGAAAAGAAUGUUCUUGUCACCAUACGUAUUAUUGUUAACAAUUGCCGUAUCUGCAUUUUCUGUAUAUCUUGCACUUCAAGCCAUCACUGCAGCAAGAGCAAUCAGACGCUUGGAUUCUAUUAAUAGAUCACUUGUAUUUGAGCAGUUCCGCACUAUUUUGAUUGGCAUCACUACCAUACGAGCUUUUGAAAAGAGGGAUAAUUAUCUUGAAAAAGUAUACGGUAAAAUUGACGACUCAAGCUCAACACUAUGGAACACAACUCUUUGUCACAACUGGCUUGUUUGGAGAAUAGGCGGCAUGGCUUCAGCGGCAUACACAAUGGCCAUCGCAGCGAUUGUGGCAGCUACUGUAACUGAUGCAGGUCUUGCUGGAUUUGUCCUUGCCAUAUCUCUGGAGUUCUCAAGUGCUCUGUUUUGGUCACUUUUUCAUGCAGGUUUCCUCGAACUACGGAUGAAUGCUGCAGAGCGCGUAAUUGAAUAUGCGGAAAUGCCUACCGAGACUUUAGAUGGUGAGGAGCCACCCGCGAGUUGGCCAACAGGAGGAGGUUUGGAAGUGAAAGAUUUGGUGGUUGCAUACAACCAUGAUCUGGCACCCGUUUUGAAAGGUUUAACCUUCAAUAUUGAUCGUCAAACGAGGUAAAUAUUUGAAUCCAACCUCUCCAAUGCAUUCCAGUCUAAUAUGGUUUUAGGGUAGGGAUUGUUGGUCGCACGGGAUCUGGAAAAUCUACAUUAACAUUGGCACUUUUCCGUUUUCUGGAAGCGAGAGAAGGUAGCAUUGUUAUUGACGGUCAUAAUAUCUCGAGACUAAAGCUACAGUCUCUGCGCCGUAAUCUGGCUAUCAUCCCUCAAGACCCAGUUUUGUUCUCAGGUUCGAGUUUUUCCAAUUUUGCACACAAAAUUUUGCACUAACAAAGGGCUAGGAACGCUCCGAAGCAAUUUGGAUGCAGACAACGAGUAUGAUGACACGGCUCUCUUCGAUGCUCUUCGCCGAGUUCACCUCAUUGACCCAUCCGUCUCUGGCAUCGAAACCCCAUCCUCGUGCUCAUCCCAAAAUCAAAAUAUCUUCCUUUCGCUCAACAGCUCCAUCUCUGAAGGUGGAUUGAAUCUCUCCCAAGGUCAACGUCAACUACUGUGCCUCGCACGUGCCAUUAUUCGUCGACCUAAAAUUCUCAUUCUCGACGAGGCUACUUCAUCUGUGGAUGUCCAGACGGAUGCACUUAUUCAGCAAAGCAUUCGUGAGGAAUUUGCAGAUAGCACUCUCUUGGUUAUUGCGCAUAGACUCAGUACGAUAGCAGAUUUUCAGAAGAUCAUGGUGAUGCAUGAUGGGAAAGUGGCGGAGAUGGGAAGUCCGAAGGAGUUAAUCGAUAAGAAGGGUAUGUUUUGGGGGAUGGUAAAGGAGAGUGGAGAGGUGGAUAAACUAGUCAAGAUGAGCAAGGGUUAAGCGAGUGCUCUUUAUAUACUGUUUAUUCAUAUUGAGCGAGUUGCUUUUAUCUCUUGCAAAUUUCUCAGAAUUGUCUGGUUUGUCAUGAAAAGUCUUAAUGUUCACUUUUGUGUCAAAUAUUUAGGUUCCUAUUUGAUGAUUUUGAGAAGGGAAAACAGAGUCAUAUAGUAUCACAGAACUUUCACAGUGUCUUGUACAUUUGCAAACCUUCGAAUAUGCAAU